UUAUUAUUAUUAAUUUUUUUUUUCCUCCCUUCUUCCUGCCGAGCUCUGGAGAGACUUGGGGACUGGCUCUUAAAAAACAAAAGCAAAAACAAAAAGAAGAGCCGGAAAUCUUGUUUACCGCCCGGGGAGAGGAGCGAGCGAGCCUUUGUCUGAAAGUCAGCAUCGCCGGCUCCCGCUGCAAUGUGCUCACGGGGACGUUAGUCCCGGGCAGAGCGGCCGGGGGAAAGGGCUGCGGGGGGCGGGGGGCCAGCGCCCCGUUCAGCUCGCCUUUCCGAAGCAAGAGGAUCGAGCCGGUGACUUUUGCGCAUUUGUGGACAUCUCUCUGGCUUUUUUUUUUUUUUUUUAAUUCUUCCCUCCCUUCGUUCGCUGCCGGGCAUGUCCUGAUCUUGGUGGCCGCGCCUACCCGGGAGAGAGCCUCGGGCUGCCGUUCCCAGCCGUCGUCUCCGUCUCCCCGCUUUGCAUUUCUCCCUGACUUUGCCACUCCGCGUUCCGGGAGCACCGAGCUAGGCGAGGAAGGGGGAGCCGCGAACACCGAGCCCUCGGACCUUGACAUGCACCCGGGCCGCCCCGAGGAAGCCCGGAGCUGAGCAGCACCGCGCGGGGGGCUGUCGUCGCCUUCACCUCGGCUCCCCGAGCCCCGCGCCUCCUUCGCCCGGCUGAUCUGGGAGGGGGGGGAGGACGCCCCCUUGCUUCCCGCCCCGGGAGCCCGCGGUCGGCAGGACCAUGCUGCUGAAGGAGUACCGGAUCUGCAUGCCGCUCACCGUGGACGAGUACAAAAUCGGACAGCUGUAUAUGAUCAGCAAACACAGCCAUGAGCAGAGUGACCGGGGAGAAGGGGUGGAGGUUGUCCAGAACGAGCCCUUCGAGGACCCUCACCAUGGCAACGGGCAGUUCACGGAGAAGCGAGUGUAUCUCAACAGCAAACUUCCUAGCUGGGCUAGAGCUGUUGUCCCAAAAAUAUUUUAUGUGACCGAAAAGGCUUGGAACUAUUAUCCCUACACAAUUACAGAAUACACAUGCUCCUUUCUGCCGAAAUUCUCCAUCCACAUAGAAACCAAGUAUGAGGACAACAAAGGCAGCAACGACAGCAUUUUUGACAAUGAAGCCAAAGACCUGGAGAGAGAAGUCUGCUUUAUUGACAUUGCCUGUGAUGAAAUUCCGGAGCGCUACUACAAAGAGUCUGAGGAUCCUAAGCACUUCAAGUCAGAGAAGACAGGCCGAGGCCAGUUAAGGGAAGGCUGGAGAGACAAUCACCAGCCCAUCAUGUGCUCCUACAAGCUGGUGACUGUGAAGUUUGAGGUCUGGGGCCUCCAGACCCGAGUGGAACAAUUUGUGCAUAAGGUGGUCCGGGACAUUCUGCUGAUUGGACACAGACAAGCGUUUGCGUGGGUUGACGAGUGGUACGACAUGACAAUGGAUGAGGUUCGAGAAUUCGAACGAGCCACUCAGGAAGCCACCAACAAGAAGAUUGGCGUUUUCCCUCCUGCGAUUUCUAUCUCGAGCAUCUCCUUGCUGCCUUCCUCGGUGCGCAACGCGCCAUCCAGCGCUCCCUCCACCCCGCUCUCCACAGAUGCGCCAGAAUUUCUGUCGGUCCCCAAAGACCGGCCGCGGAAAAAGUCUGCUCCAGAAACUCUCACGCUUCCAGAUCCUGAGAAAAAAGCAACCCUCAAUUUGCCUGUCAUGCACUCUUCAGAUAAGCCAUGUCGGCCCAAGUCAGAGUAACUUCAUGUGAAUAUCCCAUGGGGUUUUAUACUUUCAUUUGAGGCUCUUUUUUUUUUUUUUUUUUUUUAAGAAUCUUCUGAUACAAGAAAAGACUGCCUUGUCACUCAAACAUGUUCUUUGAUCUCCAAGUGUGCACGUGGUUAAGUAAUUUCACAGAUAAAAAGAAUCUCCAAGUAGGCCACACAGCAUCACAGUAGAUGGGAGAUGUAAGGAUUAUACAAGGAAGGGCUGGGGGGUGUAGCUCAGGGGGCAGAGUGCUUGCCUAGCAGGCAUGAAGCCCUGAGUUCGAUUCCCAGCACUGCAUACACCAGGUGUGGUAGUACUUGCCUCUAACCUCAGCAUUCAGGAAGGAGAGGCAGAGGGUGGGAAGAAACUCAAGGUCAUCCUUGGCUGCAUAGCGAAUUUGAGACCAGCCUGGGAUACAUGAGAUUCUGUCUCAAAAUAGAAACAAAAACAGAACCCAGAAGGAAUCUUUUAUAGCCACAACUGUGAGCCAGGAGAGAAUCCUUGUAAUUGGGCAAUACAUGAGGUUAGCAUGGACCUCAGGGGUCAAUGGAUACAAAGCUGAUGCGAGGUGUGGUGAGAAAGUGAAGUCAAUUUCUUCCCAUCAAACCUGAAAUUCUCUUAAAAAAAAACAAAAAAAAAACUACACACUCUCAGGUGUCACAUGCCGAACUUAAAUUUUGAACUGCUGACCACCAAUACUUGAAUACCAAUUGUUGCUAAGAUUCCUAUUUUGAUUAAUCUGACUCAGGAUUUGGGGCCUAAUUAGCUCUUUAAAUUUUUGAAAAUUUUAAUUACCGACUUCUAGAGGCUCCAAGUACAUUUAAUGAUAACUUAUUUAUACCUUUCACAGAAUUUAAUAAAAAAAAUACCACUUGUUUCUGUCUUUUAAUAACUUCCCCCUGUGGCCUCAGAAGUCUCUAAGAUUUGCAUAGAUGACUUAGGACCAUAGCUGACAGACUGUGGGAUGCCUCACCUUAGGAGCCAAGGGGCCCCAGGUGAGACAAACGUCAUUUUCUCUAUAAGGUUCAACGACCCUUGACUCAUCGGUUUCCAUCAUCCAUUAAGAGCCUUAGAAGUUUCAUUUAACUGAAUAGAAUUCAUUGACUCUCUGCCCAUUAGAUGUUCAGGGUAGACCAAGCUAACUGGGCUUCACCGUACCACAUGUCUGGUUAGGAACCUUGCAAGAGAGAAUCGCCUGCCCGCUCCUGGUUUCACUUUUACUAACAUCCAGGCUUCCAUAGAAUGGGUUGCUCUUCACUAGACCUUAGAAAAGACUGUCAUUCUCUUGCUUCUUCCUUGAAAUCUAAAUAUUUGAGCCUGGGAUGUAGCUCAAUGUAGCAUACAUGAGCCCCCGAGUUCAGUCCCCAACACUGAAGGAAAAAACAAACAUACAAUUCAAAUAUUGGGGAUGUUGCAGAAAUCAAGUAAAAACUGCCAAGUGGGAGGAGAAAAUAAGUAGAAUUGCUGACUCCUGUUUAUAAAACAGAGAACCGAUCCUAAACACCCCUCUCUCUUACUUGAAUGGCUCCAAGGAGAGAGAGGCGAGAUUAGAAUCAAGGAUGACAGCAAGCAGGGCCGUUCAUCAAGAAAGAAGUCUGUCACCAUUGCACCUCACUGCCUUUAGACACAGGAGGAGGGCAAGCAGAACCUCACCUGUGACAUGUGUCCUCCGUGGAAAGAAGAAAGCAAGGUGAUUGGGCAAGUUCAAAGCCCAUGAUGCCAUAGCUAGCCUUCCUGACCUUAACCUCCAACCUCAGGAAAGGAACCUUCCCCCCACCCUCACACACCCACAGAUUCCAAAGGAAACGGAACAGGCCAGAGAGCCGAUUCUCCUUACCCCACCCACUUCUCAGCCAGGGCCCCUGGCCCGCUUCCUCUCCGUGGCCCUCACACGCUAGUGCUUUUCUGGUUUUCUCCCAAGGUGCACGCACUGGCCCAAUGAGCCCAGCACAAAAGUGCUUAAGAGUGUCUACACCAUUUCUUUAUCUAUAGAUGGGCAUUUAGCUUGAAAGAAAAAAAGUCAUAUAUCUCUAUAUAUAGGUCCAGUACUCAAAGGAAACCAGUGGCAAAUGAACUUAGAUCAACAGCGCACCUUUUUCUUAAGAAGCAUAUCUAUUAGUAUGACCACCUUCUUUGCAUGGUAUCGAAGCAUGAAUUUUGCUCGUGGGAAAACUUAAUCUCUUAUCAAGCCCCUUGGACUCUCCUCUCCACACAGUACUAAGUACUUAAGGCGAACAUUUGGCUUUAGUAGUUGAAAUUCUUCAUUCAGAAGACAUGGAGAUCACGUAUGUGCAUUUGGUUACCAUUUGCGUACUGAAAUCAGGGCGGGGUAGGCUCGUUCUUUUCACAUAGAACAAAUUGAUUUUGGGCAGGUUGUUAACACAUCUUGGCACCUAGUUUUUCCAUCCAUACUGUGCUGUUCUCCCUGUGUAAAGUAGCUUGUGUGUCAAGGCCAACAGUGUGUUUUAGAGAGCUGCUUUCUGAUUUCCUUUUGUGAGUUUUCUUUUUUUUUUUUUAAUUUUUAUUAACAUUUUCCAUGAUUAUAAAAUAUAGAGUUUUCUUUUCUAGUCAGUGCAAUCAUACCUUAGACAUCAAUUUGCAGUUGUUUAAGAUCACAUGAUUCUUAGCCAACAUGUGUGUGUGCUCUUAAGGUAUGUUCAGUUUUUCUGUCUCCAUGUGGUCUGUGUGUAGGUUACACGUAGGGUUGCAGAUAUUUACUUUAGCCGCUUUUCAACAUUUAAUCCCGUCAUCGUCACAAGGCCUACACGACUUCAAUAUUCACUGAAUCUUGGUUUCCGGGCAUCGUUUCACUUUCUCCAUCCACGAAUACGUUAUUGUGGGAAUCCAAGCCUGCGAUGAAUGUGUAUAUAGAACAUUAGUAAUUCUCAUAAGGAUGGAAAUCCAAUGGCUGCAUGAUGGGAAUUUAGAAGACAAAAUUUAAAAAAAAAAAAAGCAGAAACUUGAAUUCGCUAAGCAUGUUUGAGGAAAAAAUAGAAUCCUUGACUCAGUGCCUCUGUCUGCCAUGUGGAAACCUUCAACUUUGUUCACCAAAACUGUAUUAUACUUGUAUAUAUAGAUACAUAUAUAUAUAUGAAUGUAGCAUAGUGAGUUACACACCACCAAUUUUACGUCUCUGGUAGCCAAACUGAAGUAAAUAACCCACAGGAUAACAUGUGUGUCUGCUCCCUCUCCAUCACUCGUGUGAGUGGACACCCCCAAAAUGGCCAUACGCUUCUCGGCUUGGGUGGAGUUCCAAUGUGGAGUGUGUCUGUGCAUGGGUUGGCCUGCCCACAGCACCCUCACUUCAGCUGCGCUUUCCUGGGAUGAGGAGGUUCCGGGGCUCGCAGUGCUUACACUUGGGCAGAAGUUCCCUUCUGAAGGUCAUUUCAUUUGGGGCUGCAGUAACACAAAGCCAAGGAAACAGGUCAUGAUGAAGGGAGGCUAUGACACUGCUGCUUGUCACAACAAAUGGAAGCAGUGUCAGUCCGUAAGUGAGCUCAUUUGUAAAAUCUUCCAUCGUGGUUUUGCAUUUAUGUGGGGCGGGGAGUGCUUUCAUUUAUUUAGAGGUAUAUGUUGGCCAGUUUUGGAAUGUGGAAACAAGUUGGCCCAAUUGUAAGUGUGUAUAAUGAAGACACACACACACACACACACACACACACCAAGGGGCUGGGAAGAUGGCUCUGCAGUUAAAAAGCACUUGCUUGCAAAGCCUGCAGGUCCAAGUUCAAUUUCUCAGACAUCCACAUAAAGCUAGACAAGCAUUUGUUUGCAGCAGCAAGAGAUCCUGGUGUAUACACACACACACACACACACACACACACACACACACACGCUCUUAAGAAAUACUGCUGAAAGUAUGUGUUGUUUUUUUUUUUCAAGGCACCAUAAUAAAGUGAACUAAGGGAAUGAAUUUUACACAUUCAGAUCAAUUGUUUCCCAGUGAAAGUUUCAAGGCUGGUGUGUGUUUAUGCAUACUUUUAAAUUUUACUUUCUUGCUGAGCAUGGUAGCAUUCCCUUAACCCAGCACUCAGGAGGCAGAGGUAGGAGCUAUGAGUUCGAGGCUACCCUGAGACUUCAUAGUGAAUUCCAGGUCAGCCUGGGCUAGAGCGAAACCCUAUCUCAAAAAAACAAAAAAAAAUUAAUUUUCCUUUCUUUAGUGUCUCUUCAUAGCUCAGAGAUAACAAGGUAAUAAGUCACAACAGGAAUCUUCAUAUUUUGAGAAAGAGCAGAGUAGAAUUAAUCUACUUAAAAUCCAUAGCCAGAUAAUGUAAUAGAAAGAAAAUUGUCUAAAUAGUUUCAUUACUUUUCUGGUCAUCUGACUAGGAGGCUAGGUGACAAUCUGCCAUCUGAGCCACAGUUCUUGAUAAUUAAAACAAAAAAUCUGGUGACUGUACGUUGAUCCUGAAUAAACUAUAUAUGUUAAGCUCUUUAUUCUUGCUGAAACUAACGUGUUACCCAGUAGUGGCAUGCUGAGGCAAAACGCACUGGGCCCUUUUGUGUUCUACCUUCAAAAUAAUUCACAUUUGAAAUCUAGGUGUCUCAACUUGGUCGGCAUUAGCGCCAUAAGAGAAUGUGACUAUGUUCAGAACUCUGCAGAUACCACUGUUAACGGUCACAUUGUUGUGAAGUUACCCGAUGCUUCCUUUAGGACAAGCCUCUUGGUGUUUUUGCUUUCCAGUUGAAUGCUGGUCUGUUGAAUUACAAGUCUCCCUUCGGUCUCUCUGCAUAACCAGGAAGAGAGGUUUGAGUUGAUGUUACCCCUAUGCCACUUACGUGUAAUUUCAGUGCUUACAUUUGGAACUGCAAUCUCGAUUGGUUAAAGUAGUCAAAACACCACUGCCACCACCGAAGGACCGAGUGUUGGGGUGCACAGUGCUAGCCACGCAAGCGGAAGUCGCUCCUCACAUGCGCCAUCCUCUUGUGUCAUUUUACGGCUGUUCGGCGUCGUUGUCCCCCCUCGUUAUUUAUUAUUGUUAAUAACUUACCUUUUCUUACAUUCUGUUGUAAAUAAAGUACAAAGCAAUCUUC